AUGUCGAAUUCAGUGAGUGAUAUUAUACGUGAUUGUGUUUUAAAUUCACAACAACAUGGUAAUCAACCAACUUCACGUGAAAUUAAUAUACCUGGUCUUUGUCCAGAUGCAUUAGCUGCUUGGGGUGUUGAACAUCCAGCUGAUUUAAGUUAUCGUGUUGAAUUAGCACGUCGUAUUGCAUCAACAUUUGAUGACAGUGAUCAAAUUAUUAUUCUUGAUGAUGUUGCUUUAGUUGUGCCUGAAUCGGAACGUUCUGUUUUUCUUGGUAUGCGUGGUUGUGAUCGAUCACUUUUACCUGCUCUUUGGUUAUCAACUGGAUUUCGUUGUGGUGGUCGUGUAAUUGUUUAUUCACCACCAAAUCCAGUUGAAUUAACAAAUUAUUUAAUAUUAAAAAAGAAUAUUGAAGAACGUUUACAACGUUUAAUUCAAAUUCAAAUUCUCUAUGAAGAUUGUAAUGGUCAAUUACUUGAAUUGCUCAAUAUUUUCGAAACAAAUUUAACAAAAUAUACAGAAAUUUGUGAAAGUUUUGCACAACGAUCGUCAAAAGAUUUCCAUCCUGAAUAUCAUGUUCAAGUACUUAAACGUCAUAUAGAUAAAAUUCUUGAAGGUGUUAAUCGAUCAUUUGUUUUUCCUUAUGAAAUGACAGAAUAUCAUCAAGAACAACUUCAAUGUUAUUCUGAUCGAUUAAAAUGGCCUAAUAUACCAUCGAAUGAUAAAGCAAAACAUAAUUUCUUUUUACGUUCACAAGCAUUUACUGCUUUGCCAAAAUUAUUGGCUGCCUCACCAGAUGGAACCAUAAUCAAUAAUUAUCAACAAUAUAUUGAAACUUUAGAACAUUUUGAUUCAAUUCAUACUGAAAAUACAUUAUCUAAUAUUCAAGUUUUUGCUGAAGCUGUUAUUCAAGCUAUAGAUCAAUUGUAUCAUAAAUAUAAUGUAUCAGCAUUUGUUAAAUUAGAUGCAAGUGGUGCAGCUGGUUGGUCAUGUAUGAGUCCAAAUGAACAUGCUAUAGUUUAUAAUUGUGAAGAAAUACAAGAAAAACGUAUUAAUUAUUUACGUGAAUAUAUUGAAAAUAAAGUUGUUGGUGAACGAUUACCAACAUUAGCAGUUAUCGAAGAAUUUAUAGAACCACAAAAACGUUCUGGAGAUAUUGAUGCUGAUUAUACUGUUUGUGGACUUGUUUUAGAUGGAAAACUAUUUCCAACAUCAAUUAAUCUAUGUGGAACAGAAAAUGGAUGCUAUAUUGAACAGUGGACUUCAUAUUCGCCAAUUGAUCUAAAUGAUUCUCCGAUUUAUUGGCAACGUAUGUUUCAAACAUAUUCACUUAUGGUUGCUUUUGAAGCAUCUGAAUUUGGUUAUAGAAAUGGAAUUUAUGCAGGUGAUUUAUUUGUUACAAAAGAUGGUCGUCAUAAACAACGUGAUUGGAAUAUUCGACGUGGUGGACGAUCAUCACCCGAAUCAUUAGUUAUUUUUGGUAUGCCAAAUUAUGAAACAAAAGUUACAAUAUCAAUGUCUGAUUUUGAAUUAAAUGGAAAGAUGAAUAAUAUUGAAUUAUUUCGAUUAUAUACACAAAUAUGUCAAUAUUUAUCGAAUAAUUAUGGAAUGUAUAUAUUUUCAACUGGACUUGGUUAUUGUUGUAAAGAUGAUGAUGAAAAUGAUUUUCUUAAAUUUAAUAUUCUUAUUCAUCCAAAAUGGCUUGUUAAUAUAGAUAAAAAUGGACAAAAACAAAAGUUACCUAGAAGUGAACAUCGAAAUAAAGUCACAGAAAUUAUUCGAGAAACAACAGCAAAAAUUUUAAACAAUCAAAAUUCAAUUUAA